GCGAUGGUGAAUCUAAGCGGAAGGAAUCUGAGGAGAUAGAUCGGUUGAAGAAAGAACUGGACGACAUGAGGGUGUUCCGUGAAGCUCUUGAGAGGAAGAACGAAGAAGUCAGUCUGUUGAAACGGGACAAUCGUGUCCUUAAGAAGGACUUCCUGGAGCUCAAGGACGAUGUUGGUAGUUUAAGGAUGACGCAGAAGUGGAAAUCCGAAGGCGUAACUUCUAGUAGUCCUCCGCAUGAACCGGCUGCUACUAAACAGAAGCCGGAUCCGAAGACGACGGCCAUGUACACUCCAAAAGAUAUGGAGACGCUGCGGAAAACGUACAAGGCCGCUGUCGAAGGGAAGUACAUGGCUGAAUGGGAGGUUGUCGUGCUGAAGGAAAGGAUAUUGAGGGUGUGUGUUCAUUCGGCUCCCAAGACUACUGCGCGCAGGUCCGUUGGAAGACGGACGACUCCUCGAAGCCUAAAGACUACGUUUGUCGCGGUUGAAGUUGAGGAUGACUCAGCCAACGAGGAUGAUGCGGCCGAUGCUUUGGGAGAACCCGAUCCCGAUAGCACCAUGUUGGGACGUCUGCAUGAGAAGGAGAAGAAGAAGCUUCGUUCUCUGAAAAAAACGGACAUGGAGAAGAUCUGUACGGAAGAAGGAAUCUCGUACAUUAAGCUGGAGCAAGCAAAAUUGGAUAUUGCCAAAAUACGGGCCGGACGUGAAUUCCACCGCCAGCGUGGCAAAGGGCAGGCUGAGAAUGAACCUAAUCUCGGUGAUGACGAAGAGGAUCAGCCGCAGUAUGCCACAUCAGCUGAGGAGGUGCAAGACGAGUGAGGAGGCGCUCUGGGCGUAAGUCAACUCACUAACCUCG